UCCACCGGAAAAAGCCUCAGAAAUCACCGCGCCGCGGCCCAGAAAACCUCACAAAAACACCGUGCAAGGUGUGCAAACAACGCCUGUCGCGAUGGCGUUCCGGCUGAGCAACAACCUGAUCGGGAUCCUGAACGCGGUCACCUUCCUGCUGUCGGUGCCGGUGCUGGGCGCCGGCAUCUGGCUGGGCACGCGCGCCGACGGCACCGAGUGCGAGCGCUACCUCUCGGCGCCGGUCAUCGCGCUGGGGGUCUUCCUCAUGCUCGUCUCCGUCGCGGGCCUCGUCGGCGCCUGCUGCCGCGUCAACUGCCUCCUCUGGUUCUACCUCGUCGCCAUGUUCGUCCUCAUCGUCGUCGUCCUCUGCUUCACCGUCUUCGCCUUCGCCGUCACCAACAAGGGCGCCGGCGAGGCCGUCUCCGGCAAGGGCUACAAGGAGUACAAGCUCGGCGACUACUCCAACUGGCUGCGCAAGAGGGUGGAGAACAGCAAGAACUGGAACAGGAUCAGGAGCUGCCUCCAGGACUCCAAGGUCUGCAAGACCCUGCAGCAGGAGAAGUGGACCCAGGAUCAGUUCUUCAAAGCCAGCCUCUCCCCUCUCGAGUCCGGAUGCUGCAAGCCUCCCACCAGCUGCGGCUUCACCUACAUCGGCGGCACGAACUGGACGACGACGACGACGACGCCGGCGUCGACGGACCCGGACUGCGCCACCUGGAAGAACGACGACAGGGCGCUGUGCUACGACUGCCAGUCGUGCAAGGCCGGCGUGGUGGCCACCCUGAAGCGCGACUGGAAGCGCGUCGCCGUCGUCUGCAUCGUCUUCCUCGUCUUCAUCGUCAUCGUCUACUCCGUCGGCUGCUGCGCCUUCAGGAACAACCGGAGGGACAACCACCGCGGCGCCUACCGCGGCGCCGGCGGCGCCGGCUGGAAGGGCGGCUACGCCUGAUCGCGACCGAGCAUCGGCCGGCCUGUUCAUCUCUGAUCGAUCGUGUCAGAUAUUCUUGUCCAUAUAGGCUAUAGCUCUGAUGUGUUAUUCUAGCACUGUACAGGCGAGAUUAUUCUCAGUUCUGAUCAUCUGCAUGCUAGUUACUGUUUGAUCGCGAGUAGCUUUCUGUAUGCAGUUCUUUGAUGCGACAUAGUACGUACGUACACUGUAUUUGUACUUGGUUUUAUUUCAUAUAUAUUAUGUUUCUGUUCAUUAGUUUUUUCUUUAUACGACCUGCACCACUAUAUAUUGUUCAGUACCGAUCUUUUCAAGCUUCUAAUCUUGGAUUAUUCUGAGAUUUGAUU